AUGGGUUCAGUCGGCACCAACACCAAGACGACCAAGGCAUGCUCGCCGCUCACGGGCGCCACGCGGCUGAGAGAAAUGCUCAAGGACCCGACCAAGGUCGUCGUGUGUCCCGGCGUGUUUGACGGGUUCACGGCUCGGUUGGCCCUGGCGGCCGGGUAUGAUGCCAUGUACAUGACCGGAGCAGGCACGUCCAUGUCCCGACUCGGCUGGGCCGACCUGGGCAUCGCGACGCUCAACGACAUGAGGAGCAACGCCGAGAUGAUUGCGUCGCUGAACCCUUCCGUGCCCCUCAUCGCCGACGCCGACACGGGCUACGGCGGCCCAAUCAUGGUCACGAGGACCGUGACGCAGUACGCUCGAGCCGGGGUCGCGGCGCUGCACAUUGAAGAUCAGGUACAAGAGAAGAGAUGUGGCCAUCUCCUUGGCAAGCAGAUCGUGGACAGGGAGAUAUACUUCUCCCGCCUGCGUGCGGCGGUGGCGGCGCGUGACAAGCUCCAAUCGGACAUCGUGCUGAUCGCGCGGACGGACUCGCGCCAGACGUACGGCUUCGACGAGGCGAUCGAGCGACUUCAAGAGGCGGUGCGGAUCGGCGUGGACGCCGUGUUCCUCGAAGCCCUCCAAACGAAGGAAGAAAUGGAGAAGGUGUGCCAGAUCAUGGGCGACACGCCGGUCCUGCUCAACGUCGUGCCCGGCGGCGUCACCCCGGAAUUCACCAUCGACGAGGCCAGCAAGAUGGGCUUCCGCAUCAUCAUCUACCCCGGCCUGUGCAUUGGGCCCGUCCUCGAGAGCGUGCGCGACGAGCUCAAGGUCCUCCAGACCACGGGCAAGACCACCCCGAGAAGUUCGGCCAGCGGCGUCAAGGAGUCGUUCAACUUGUGCGGCCUGCAGGAGUGUAUCGAGAUUGACAGGGAAGCGGGAGGACAGGCGUAUGCCACGGUGGGGAAGUAG